AAUGCAAACUUCAACACCGUAACGUCUUUCGGAUGAGACGUUUAAGCCGUUUAUCCCGUGCGCAAUAUGGCUCAUGUACACGUGAAAGAAUGCAGUCUCCCGGUGUACUAUCCAACUCACCACCUGAACAACUCCACUGGAUAUAAACCUUAAGGACUUUCGUGGGCUAACUUUAGUAUAUUUCACACCGAAGAAAUCGUAUCCCAAUCCAAUUCACGCAAAAUGGUUGCUUUAAUCAUGCUUUAAUAGGUGGUGGAACGGUAAUGUUCGGUCGUAACGCAUUGAGGAACUGUGAAUCGCUUGCCGAUGGAAUUGAAGAGGUAAACGGAUGGAAAGAAUUACAACUAAUUGGUAACAAGGAUACCACCGAAUUCACGGCCGUCAUUGGUCAGUCCGGAGGAGAGAGAGGAUAUACCAGUAUCACCGAUAAUGUCGGUUGGGGAAUAUCUUGGUACAUAAACGACAUGCUAAUCCCAAGACUCAUAUUAAAGCGGGGAACCAAGUACACGUUUAAGGUUUUUGGCGGCAAUGAUGCGACUCGAUCUGCCUCCUAUCAUCCCUUCUAUAUCACAAACGACAAAGGUGGAGGCUACGCAUCACUGACAGAAAUGGAGAAAUUGAACCACGUUAUAUACGCCGGACCAGUAAACGGAUCUCUCUGUGAAUUGAACGACAAGAAUGGAGACCAAAGCAUGACUUCAACAUCGGCCGAAGGAUACAGAAAGACGCUUGCAGAGCAAUGUCUUUCACCAAAGGAACCGGCAAUACUCACCUGGACACCUGACGACAACACACCGGGCACCGUAUACUAUCAGUGUUACACACACCGUUUUCUCGGUUGGAAGAUUGAUGUUGUUGACGUACUUCCGUCAUCUGCUGUUACAUUUAUGUCGUCGAACGGUCUCUUUAACGCGUUUUUGCUAAGCUCUUGCAUAAUAAUCAGCCAACUUUUCAACAUAUAAUUAAUUUUAAGAUUUAUAUUUAUUCAGAUAAUUUUUUUUAUAUCACAAAAGAAAAUGUUGAUGUUAUGAAAUAACAAAAAAAAAAUAUUCCACAAGACUAUUAACGAAUAAUUUAUGUGCUCUGGAAAUGAAAGCGUUUUACUUUGCUCAAAUAUGAACUUUUGUAUGUAUAUAGUUUAAGUGCACUUUUUGUAAAUAAAAGUUUGAGGAAAUCUGUUUAAUUUUUUCUCAAAAUGUUUUUGUGAUAAACCUAUCUUAUUAGGUGUAUAUUUUAUAUGGUGUAUAUUAACUCCGCUCAGGGCAAUUUUCAACAGUGGUGUUAAAGUGUCAAACUGCAGUUAUAAUAAAACAUAAAGAU